AUGGCCUCCCCACCUCAAGCCAACGGUGGUGGUGGGGGCGGUGGAAAGCUCCACGUCCUCUUCAUCCGCCACGGCGAGACGCAAGACAACAUCGACCGGAUCCUCCAGGGGUUGCGGGACACGAGCCUGACGGAGAAAGGGCACCGGGAGGCGCAGGUUCUGGCGGACAAGCUGCGCGGGCAACAUAUCGACGCCGUCUACCACUCGCCCCUCCUCCGCAUCGUGCAGACGAUCAAGCCCCUCCUCGCCGACCGCGCGGACGUCCAGGUCCACGCGGACCGGGACCUGACGGGCCAGGCGCUCGGCGAGCUCGAGGGCGGGUCGUACGACUCGAUCGACAUGGGAAACCCGCGCAGCGCCGACGGCGGGCCCGGCGUCGAGCUCUUUGACGAUUUCGUGCGGCGGCUGAAGCGCGUCUUUGCGCGCAUCGUCGGCGCCGAGGCACCGUUGGUCGGCGAGCGGGAUCGCACCGUGGUGAUCGCGACGCACGGCGUGGGCAUCACGUCCCUCUUCAAGACGCUCGAGUCCAGCCCCUCGUGCGACGGGUUCAACCCCAAGUUUGCGACGCGAGGCCCCGACGCAUUCGAGGUCCGAUGGACCGACAGCGACGAUGUCGCCAGACUCGUCGUCCCGCAGCCGGCGCAGCUCCCGAUCAAGGAUGGAGUGUUGGACUGGUCCUCCCUUUCUGGCCAGCCGUUCCUGAUAGAGGUCUGGGGCAAGAAAGAAAAGGCAUUGUGA